UCUCCGUCAGGGGGUGUGUUGCCCUAAAAAAAAGUAAAGCAAUAUCCGACUGCGCUGCUUGACUGUUUGCACAAAAAUCUAUCGCGUGUUCGACAAAGCUGCUUUUUUUGUGCGGAGAGUCGAAGCCGACUGUUGUAGCUGAAAGUACACAGUAUGGCAGCGGUAGGAUCCCGAGCAGGACUUGACACGAUGGGCAUUGACGGCCAGGACGGACUGCUCUACUUGCAGUGUUGUGGGCAGGGAGAAGGGGUGCAGAAGAAGCUGAAAGCAGGAUCUGCCACCACAGACUGGUCUGUCGAUGCCAACACACUGCAAACCAACCUAAUGUCCUUCCCAAGGUCUUCCGGCAUGGAUUUACCUUACAGAAGUCCUGAAUCAGUGGAGAUGGAUGAGAUCAUGGCUGCGAUGGUGCUCACCAGUCUGUCCUGCAGUCCAGUGGUCCAAAGCCCCCCACAAAAAGACCUCUUACCAGGGGACAUGGAGUGUUGUGGAGGUGAUCUGUCUGACAGUGGCAGCAGUGGUUACUGGAGCUGGGACCAUGGCAAUGUAAGUCCAGCCCCGUCUCCAUCGGUCACUGAGAUGGACAGGAGCCCCAGCCGACCCACAGACGAAGGCCUGCACAUGGAGCUGGACCAAGGCGCAUGUGAGGAGCCCGAGGCCCGGAGGUGCAAGAGCUUGAGCCGGGGAGCAUACAGGUGUCUGUGGCCUGGCUGUGGAAAAGUGCUGACAUCACGUGUCGGAAUGAAGCGGCACAUUCGCAUUCUUCACCUCGGUGGAGGCUCAGAGCAGUCCCACAGAGAGGAAGACUUCUACUACACAGAGGUCUCUUCUGAAGAUGAAGACACUGCACCUUCAUCUCCUGCUCCUUCCUUCUCCAGCGGAACCUGGACGUCCUGCAGCUCCACACAAAGCCAGGAUACAACAGUCCUCUCCAGUCCACUCAGCCAAUCCGCUCCCAGCAGCGUCUGGCAGAUCCACACUGAACAUCUCUAUCAGGCCUGUUCACCCAUUCAGGUGACGGUCUCUCCGGGCUCUCCCACAUUUUGCAGCUGGACUCCGCCUGGUGACGUCCAGCAGAAACCUCAGAUUCCAGCCUCUCGCAGCAGAUCGGUGAGUGUUGGAGAGCAGUGGCUCCAGAGGAACAGCACCUCCACCAGAUCACACACCAUCAGUGCGUCUCCAUCCAGAGGACACUGCUCAUUCAGGAAGGGGCGCGGCGAGGCCAAAAAAUGCCGAAAAGUGUACGGCGUGGAGCGCAGGGACCAAUGGUGCACCGCGUGCCGCUGGAAGAAAGCCUGUCAGCGGUUCCCAGACUAAACAAAAAGACUUGAGGAGACGAGAAAGAAUCUCCACUUUCUUUCUGUCCUCCAAUUACUUCCUGCACUGUAGAGGACCCCUCUUUUCACUUUUCUACCUUAUUUUGUGCGUGUUUUGGUUCUGUUUUUCCACAAAGUGAACGCUGGUACUAGCUGUCGAGACUGUGGAGUUGUAGGAUCCCGACCCUUCAAAGGUGAAUUCUGCCCUCUCGCACAAGUCUAAAGUGUAAUCCUGUAUCUGAACAAGGUGUUUUUAACCCUACUCCUGCACUUCUUCAACCAUAGCCCAGAUAUUUAAGUGAUCGUUGAUUUUAUUUUUUUGUAUACUGUGGACAAUGUAUUGCUUUGAGCAUUUUCAUGAUGUUUUUCUAUUGCCGGUUUUUUGUGUAACGUCACGUAUUGUCUAUUUUUUUCUACGUAUUUACUUUGAGUUUCGCAAAGGUUUGACUAAGGUCGUUUGCCAUAGCGCUUCCUAAUCAAUCUAAACUGCCAGAUAUAAAGCUACAGUGGUGUUGAGUGAAAGAUGAAGUGAAUGUUGUCGUCGGCCACACGGGUGGUCACGGUGUGUGUUGUCUGAUGGAGAAAAAAAAAGUGCAGCUAUAACCUUUUGAUUGAAUACCAAAGUGCUAUUGCAAAGAGUUUAAAGGGAGCUAGACUGAAUACUGUCCCGAGGAUAGAUCGGGCUUGUUUCCUUUUCUAUGUUUCUUGUCAUCCUUCCAAAAAAAAAACAAACAAAAAAAUGUGUAAGGUCUUGUACAAUAC